AUGACGCUCGAGAUGCUCCCUGCGCCCAUCUUCACCUCCAAGAAGGAGUUGUACGAUUGGCUGGUGAAGCAGGUGGAGGCGCUGGUGGAUGGCAUGAGCAAGCGCUUCACACCGCAGGCAAACCUGAUUAUUGGCCUCAGCAACGUCGCGGCGCUCUGCUUUUACGAGCUGAACCGGUUCUGCAACCCCGGCGCGGCGCUGGAGAAGCUCAAGGUCAAUUGGUUCGGCUUCUACCUCUUCCAGGCGCCCGGGCUGCUUGCUCUUGGCCCCUUCCAAGGCCGUCCCGCCUGCACGGAGAUUCGCGUGGGAAAAGGCGUUUGCGGCACUGUUGCGGAGAGUGGCGAGUCGCUGGUGGUGUCCAACGUGGAGGAGUUUCCCAGCCAUAUUGCGUGCGACUCAUCGUCAAAGUCAGAGGUCGCAGUGCCUGUGCUGAUUGAGAACGGCAGCGUCGUGGCCGUGAUUGACGUCGACAGCACGGAGCUGGGGUACUUUUCGGAGGAGGACAAGGAGGGUCUGGAGCGCGUGGCGGCGGUGCUCGAGCAGCACCUUAACUUCCCCAUGGCAAGGGCUCUUGCACUGAACCCGGCGCUGGGGCUACCUGGCUACUCUGCACUGGCGGGCGGCGAGAAGUCAUUGCAGCUGCGCGGCGAUGCCGAGGCGGCCCCGCAGCCUGUGCCUGUGACCACUGAAGCGGAAACAACGGCGGCUACCACGACUUUGACGCACAUCCCUUUCUUUAAGGUGGAGGCGAAACACCCAGACGUCUCCGUGAAGUGUAUGGGAGGGUGGCAGUUCACUCGUACAAGUCUGGACCGCAUCAUGACGCAGGACGAGGCCCAGCACCUGCAGGACUCACUCGGCAUCUCGGCGCUGCCGGAGAUUGCCUUUCAUAGCAACACGCUCUCGGUGAGCCCAGAGUCUGACCGGGAGCACCCCUGGCUGCACUUCAGCAUCGAGGCACUCAUGCGCAGCGCUUCGCAGUACUACCACACGGAGGAGUUCAGGACGCUGGUACAGCCGCAGCUCUGCAUCCCGGUCUCGGCGGGCUGGGCCUCGUUCAACUUCGAGAAGUACGACCCAAAGGUUGACUGGGCGUGGCGCAAUGACUUCUGCGGCCUUGUUCCUGGACAGGUGCGCCUCGUAGCGCGCCCGAAGGACGCUGCGGACGCACCUGGAAUCAACUGGGACCUCUUAAAGGAUACGAGCCUUCCUAUUCUCUUCUACGGCGAUUUCGACAUGAUGGAAGACGACUUGCACGAUCACGGCAUGGUGAUAAGCAGCGUCAAGUACCGCGUCAUGAGCCCCGCUUUCUUUCUUCUCUUCCGCCACUUUGUGCGCGUGGACAGCCACGCGAUUUGGAUGCGAGAGGUGCGCAUCUUUCACGAAUUUGGGAAGACUCGUUUACCGUCUGGAGUGCCGCACAUCGUUGUCCUUGAGCAACUGCGCAGCGUGCACGUUGCGGAGCCGGCGGACAGCGUCGACUGGAAGUCCAUGUCCCCCGACGCCAUAUCCGCCAAGGCUGAGGUCCUUCUCGCGCGUGAGUGGAUGUUGGAGAGGGUUGAGGUGGCGGCGUAG